AUGGCGUCGCGUUUCUCGAGCCUGAGAAGGCCUCUCGCCGCCGCGGCCGUUGCCGCAACUGGUGGUGUUGUCGCCUACUCGGCUUUCAACAACAACCGUGGUGCCCACGCCUUUGACAAGCCUCUGGUCGAGCUCAAGCGCGACAACCAGGGCCGCAUUGUCCCGCCCAGUUUCCCCUCCAUCAAGGACCGCGCUUCCCAGCUUGCCGACUUGCGCGCCCACUCCUCCGAUUCUGAAGAGUAUGACCUGCUCAUUAUCGGCGGUGGCGCCACGGGCACCGGAAUUGCCCUCGAUGCUGUUACUCGUGGUCUCAAGGUCGCUCUCGUCGAGCGCGACGACUUCUCCGCCGGAACUUCGUCCAAGAGCACCAAGCUCGUUCACGGCGGUGUUCGCUAUCUCGAGAAAGCCGUCCUUGGCCUUGAUUACUCCCAGCUCCAGCUCGUCAUGGAGGCCCUCCACGAGCGCAAGACCUUCCUGACUGUCGCCCCCCACUUGUCUUCCUCUCUGCCCAUUCUCCUGCCUCUCAAGCAGUGGUGGUACGCCCCCUACGCCUGGGCCGGCACCAAGAUGUACGAUCUCCUCGCCGGUUCCCAGGGUCUCGAGAGCUCCUACUACAUGUCCAAGUCCAAGGCCAUUGAGACCUUCCCUCUGCUCCGCCGCGACAACAUGAUUGGUGCUCUUGUCUACUACGAUGGCCAGCACAACGACUCCCGCAUGAACGUCUCCCUCGCUCUCACCGCUGCCUUCUACGGCGCCACCGUUCUGAACCACGUCGAAGUCACCUCUCUGGAAAAGAACUCUAACGGCAAGAUCUGCGGCGCAAAGGUCCGCGACGUCAUGAACCCCGGCUCCGAGUCCUUCACUGUCCGCGCCAAGGGUGUUGUCAACGCUACCGGUCCCUUCACCGAUGCCGUCGAGCGCAUGGACAACCCCGAUCGCAAGGCCAUCGUCGCUCCCGCUUCUGGUGCCCACAUCAUGCUCCCUGGAAACAUCUGCCCCAACGGUAUCGGUCUGCUCGAAGCCUCCUCUGAUGGUCGCGUCAUUUUCGUCCUCCCCUGGCAGGGCCACACCCUUGCCGGAACCACCGACACCGCCUGCGCCGUCGAGAAGGAGCCCCUCCCCCGCGAGAACGACAUUGACUUCAUUCUGAAGGAGGUCAACAAGCUGAUCACCCCCGAGUCCACCCUGUCCCGCUCUGAUGUCCUCGCCGCCUGGUCUGGUAUUCGCCCCCUGGUCAAGGAUCCCAAGGCCAAGAACACCGAGUCCCUCGUCCGCUCCCACCUCGUCACCGUCUCCGAUUCUGGCCUUCUCACCUGCGCCGGCGGCAAGUGGACCACCUACCGCCAGAUGGCCGAGGACGCCGUCGACGAGGCCAUCAAGAUUUUCGACCUGAAGCCCCAGCAGAUUACCCUCCCUGACAUCUCCGGCGCUGGCCUCCCCGGCCUCACCACCACCGGCAAGUGCAUCACCACCAAGGUGCCCCUCAUCGGUGCCCACGGCUUCUCCACCCAGCUCCCCGGCCAGCUCAUCAGCCACUUCUCGCUCGACCCUGACGUCGCCCACCACCUGGCCACCAACUACGGUGACCGCGCCUGGUCCGUCGCCGCCACCUCCACCGCCCGCAUCAUCCCCGAGUUCCCCUUCGUCGAGGGCGAGAUCCGCCACGGCGUGCGCGCCGAGAUGGCCCAGACGGCAACCGACCUCAUCUCCCGCCGCACCCGUCUCGCCUUCCUCAACGCCGAGUCGGCCCUCUACGCCCUGCCCCGCGUCAUCGACGUCAUGGCCGAGGAGCUCGGCUGGUCCGAGGCCCGCAAGGCCCAGGAGUGGACCGAGACCGUCCGCUUCCUGCAGUCCAUGGGUCUCUCCCAGGACAAGCUCGGCAUCACCCGCGACGAGGUCCUGAGCAGCAGCGGCCGCACCAAGGCCACCUCCGCGCCCAAGCCCCAGGCCUCCGUCUCCUCCGGCGGCAUCAAGGUCGGCCUCGGCGACAUCCAGGCCGGCGGUGCUCUGGCCCGUAACGCCACCUCCCAGGCGUAA